AUGAUCUUGCAAAAGUUAUUUUCAAUUCUAUUUUCUUCUUUAUUCCCUACUUUUAUUAUCGGAGAUCAACCAUUGGUCAUCACAAAAUAUGGAGCUGUUUUGGGUACAUUUCAACAAGUUUCCGAUGGAACAUUGGUCAAUGAGUUCCUUGGAAUCCCAUUUGCACAGCCGCCGAUUGGGAAUUUGAGAUUUGAGAAACCAAAACCACCAAUCACAUGGACGAGACCGAUGAACACGACAAUUUUCUCGAAAGGAUGUACACCUUGCAAGAAAGAUAACACUUAUUAUAGUGAAGAUUGUUUGUAUUUAAAUGUUUGGUCAAACGAUUUGGCGGGUCUCCAACCAGUGAUUGUUUUCAUUCAUGGCGGCGCUUUUAUGGAAGGAAACGCUUACACUCAUCCAGCUAAACAAUGGAGAGAGAUUUUUGCUCGUCGCGGUGUCGUUGCAGAGAAUAUAGGAAAAUUUGGAGGUGAUUCAAAACGGGUAACAAUUUACGGAGAAUCGGCUGGAUCGAUGUCCGUCGCUGAUCACACGAUAUCGCCACAGUCAAAGGGCCUGUUUGCGAAUGUAAUCGAAAUGUCCGGCUCGAAUAUGGCGUCGUUUGGACGAGGGCUGAACACAGUCUCCUUUUCACAGGGAUACGUGCAAGCUCUUGGUUGUGCGAAUGCUUCCGAUUAUAAAGUAUGUCUUCAAUCGAAAUCAGCCAACGAUUUUCUGAAUGUAAAGUAUGGUUACGGUGAUAUUUGUGGCCUCUCUGGUCUGAAUUGGUUGGGUUUUGGGCCGAUGCUUGAUGGAGAGUUUCUGCCGACAAAUAUACAAGAAGCGAUGAGAAAUGCCGACAAAAUCCCUACAAUUAUGGGCAUCAAUCAAAAAGAGGGACGAGCUUUUACUCUCCAAGACGACUCACUCCCAAUGUCCCUUCCCGCAAGCGAAUGGGGUUUAGCGACGAGCGCAUCUAUGAAAAAUUAUGUGCAAAACUGGAUGGUCAACAUUGGCUACACUCCACAAGAGAAAGAAAACGCGCUAAACGAGAUCUUUGCAUUCUUUUCUGAAAAUAAAACCAAUGACACCGAUCAUUACUUCUGGAUUGAGCAAUAUGUGCUGACUUACUCGGAUUUCAUCAUGAACAUCCCAAUUGUGAGAGAAGCCGUCGAAAAGACGAAAGCCGGAGUACCAGUUUAUGCGUUUCUCUUUGAAAUGUCCAAUCCAGCACAAUGGCCAACAAACUAUCCUGUACAAGGUUCCACACAUGCCGGCGAAUAUCCGUGGAUCCUCGAGAUGCAUCUCAAUUUCAACUACACCCAAGCCGACAUCACCGUCAAAACCCUUAUCCAAGAACUUUUCAUUCAGUUUUGUAAAACUGGAAACCCGUCAAUCCCUUCAAUGCAUUGGAAUCCAUUCACCGUACAAAACUUUGAUUAUUUAAGUGUCAAUCCGCAAACGCAAAUGAAAACUGGAUGGUUCAUGAAAAACUACAAAUUCUGGACGGAAACGAUGGCCAAAUACAGUUACGAUUACAUCUCGCAAAGCAAUUGGAUCUAU